AUGCUUCCCCAGGGUAGAUUAUUGUUGGCUCGAAUGUCUGGCUAUUGGAAGCCUCUCUUUACGGGUCGUAUUUUGUUAGUCACCAACACGGUUAGUUGUGGAGCCCUGCUGGGCAUUGGUGAUAUGAUCCAGCAAACAAGAGAACAUCGAAAAAAAAACCCAGAAAAACAACGAGACUGGCUAAGAACAGGCCAUAUGUUUGCCAUAGGUUGCUCAAUGGGCCCAAUUAUGCAUUUCUGGUACUCGUGGCUGGAUCGAUCCUUUCCUGGCCGGGGAAUUAAAAUUGUAUUGAAAAAGGUUUUAACCGACCAGCUAGUGGCUUCCCCAUUCUUUGGCGUGUGGUACUUUUUAGGUAUGGGUUCCAUGGAGGGGCAAAGCUUGAAUGAAAGUUGGAUAGAAUUUAAAGACAAAUUUUGGGAGUUCUAUAAGGCUGAUUGGACUGUAUGGCCUGCUGCUCAAAUGAUCAAUUUCUACUUCCUGCCUCCAAAGUUUCGUGUCAUUUAUAUCAAUGUGAUCACAUUAGGAUGGGAUACUUACCUUUCUUACCUUAAACACAGGCCUGAAGAAUCGACUGAAGAACCAAAGAGGCAGGUUCCAGAAGAAUGUGUGCCUGCCACCACUCAUUUGCCAAAAACCCUAGAUAAGAAUGUCUAA